AAGAAGCUUUCCAAAACAAUCUACAUCGAUCUUUUCUUGUUUUUCGUUCAACCAGAAAAAGAAAUUUCAUAAUUAUGUCUCUUUCAAUAGUUUCAGCUGCUGCUACUUCAGUUGAAAAUACUGCAAAGGAAGAAACUAAUCGUCGGUCAGCUAAUUUUCAUCCUAGCAUUUGGGGGGAUCAUUUCCUCUCAUAUGCUACUGAGUCCAUGGAAACUGAUCAUACUGCAAGGCUACUAGAACUAAAGGAAGAAAUUAGAAAAUUGAUAAUUGCUGACACGAAAAAGCCUGCAGAGAAACUUGACUUGAUUGAUGCAAUCCAAAGGUUGGGCGUGUCUUAUCAUUUUGAAACUGAGGUUGAUGAAAUACUAGCAAAAGUCUACAAGGCUCACCGAGACAGUGAUCUCAGAGAUGACUUAUAUUCGACCUCUCUUGAAUUCCGAUUGCUAAGACAACAUGGUUAUAAUAUUUCUUGUGACAUUUUCAACAAGUUCAAGGACAACAAUGGGAAGUUCAAGGCAUCUCCUGAAAAAGAUGUUCGAGGAACGUUAAGUUUGUAUGAAGCCACACAUAUCAGGGUGCACGGAGAGAAGAUACUCGACGAAGCGCUCGCUUUCACCACCACUCACCUUGAGUCCAUUGCAGCCCAACUUGGCCCUCCAAUUGCAGUUCAAGUUAAGCAUGCCUUAAAUCGUCCAAUUCGCAAGGGCUUACAGAGGAGCGACGCUAGACAUUACAUGAGCAUCUUUCAAGAAGAUGCUUCCCAGUCCCACAAUGAAGUUCUAUUAGCCUUUGCAAAGUUAGAUUUUAACAUAUUACAAAAGAUGCACCAGAUUGAACUCAGUCAUAUUGCAAAGUGGUGGAAAGAUUUAGACUUUGCCCAUAAGCUACCUUUUGUAAGAGACAGAGUGAUAGAAUGCUACUUUUGGAUAGUGGGAGUGUAUUUCGAGCCUGAAUAUUCUCUGGCUAGAAGGAUAUUAACCAAAGUGAUUGCGAUGACUUCUGUUAUCGACGAUGUCUAUGAUGUGUAUGGUACAAUUGAAGAACUUGAGCUUUUUACCGAAGCAAUUGAGAGGUGGGAUGUCAUCAGUGCCAUGGAUCAACUGCCUGGGUACAUGAAACUGUGCUAUCAGGCUCUCCUUGAUGUUUACAGUGAGACUGAGAAAGACAUGGCCGAUCAAGGAAGAUUAUACCUCCUUCAUUUUGCAAAAGAAGCGAUGAAGACAUUAGUUAGAAAUUACUUCUGUGAAGCCAAAUGGUGUCAUAAAAUAUGUACCAUCACAUGGAUGAUACAUGACUGUUGCAUUAGUUACCUCUGCUACUCAAUUUCGAACAAAAGAGAGGCAUGUUGCUCAAGCAUUGAGUGUUUCAUGAUACAACAUGGUGCAACCGAAGAAGAAGCACGCAAUGAAUUUCAAAAACAAGUAAUGGAUGCCUGGAAGGAUAUAAAUGAAGAAUAUAAAUGA